UCGGCAGCCAUGGCGCCAGUUGUGCUCCGCUAUGGCUUCAGUAAAAUAACAUGGCCUGAGGACCACUUCCGCAGAAAGGCACUAGAAAACGGGGCGAAGCUGUGCAAGGCGAGAUACGCGUACGAUGUGGAGGAGGCGGUGCCGUGCCGUGACAGCGACACUCAAGUUACCGCGAAAUGCCACUCGCAAGUGCACCAAACCAGCUACAAUGUCACACUUCAGCUGUCGUCUCAGCGCGUGAUAAGUGGAGCCACCUGUUCGUGCAAGGCCGGCAGCGACGGCGCCUGCAAGCAUGUCGCAGCGGUAGCGCUCGAGCUAAACAACUUAGCCGAUGCGACGUCGUCCACUGACGUGCCUCAAGUGUGGGGCCGUCCAGCGUCCAAGCCGAACACCUCAAAAAAAGAAUCGGUAGAGGAGCUCUUCGGAGAAUAUAAACCACUUUAUAUUGGUGGCAAGCCACCUGAUGAGCAGCCACCUUCGUUCAUUUUGGAGCACUUCCCAGACCUCGACUGCAUAAUGCAAUCCACACUGAAGUGGCAGAAGGAGGAAGAAGCAAUGUCGGAAGUUCGCGACUGUCUUGAAGACUCAUUUCAAAGGCAGCACUGA